AUGUUCAAGCAAGUCGCACUCUUUUCACUCGCUGUUGCGAGCGCUAUUGCAACCCCUCAGCUGAAACGCGAUGCGUCUAUCAGAGCCGCCGGUUCUUGGUAUGCCGACAUGGACCAUACUGGAGACUUUAGAGGUAAAGCUCCUUAUGCUGCUGACUCUUAUGAGGUCUAUAAGACUGUGAAUGUCGGUAGCGGUGACAAAAUCCAGGACGCGAUCAACUCAGGCGACCGCCAUAAUCAAUGGCUUUCCUCGGAGCCACGGGUUGUCUAUCUUGCAUCGGGUACCUACGAAGUCGGCAGCACGAUUAACCUUCGAACCAAUACUAUCCUCAUGGGAAAUGCAGCCGAUCCUCCUGUGAUCAAAGCUGCUGCAGGGUUUAAUGGUGAUAUUCUUGUUUAUGGAAGAGACCCGUCUGUUGGCAUAAGUGGUGAGCUUUCUUUCAGCUGUGGUCUGAAGAAUAUCAUUCUCGACACGACUGCUAUUGGCGGUGAUAAGAACUUUACCGCGCUAUUUUGGGGGGUCGCUCAGGUCAGCCAGAUACAGAAUUUAAACAUCAAAAUGCCAGAGUCUGGAAAGGACAUGGGACACAACGGUAUCUGGCUUGGCCGCGGUUCUACUCUCGGUCUUGCAGACAUUCGUAUCGAGAAUGGUAGGAACGGGGUAUGGCAUGAUGGUCAUCAACAAGCCUUCUACAAGAACAUCCACUUCUUGCAAAACACUGUCGGAAUGCGAAUUGAUGGCGGAAAUACCAUCAACCUACUGAAUCCAACCUUUGAAACCGUCGGUACACCUGUCAGUCACUUCUCGGGCGCGCCAUUCAUCGCUAUCGUCGACGCCAAGUCGAUAAACUCUGGCGUGACAUACAAUUCUACGGGCUAUGCAUCAAUUCUGAUUGAGAACCUCGACAAGGAUUCGGACUCUGACAUUGUGAGACUGCCGAGCGGUACGGCCCUGGGCAAUGCUAGCCACGUCGAUACCUUCACAUACGGAAACACAGUUGGACGUAAUCCUGUCUACGGCAAGACUAUGACUAAUGUCUCUCGACCUGAAGCCAUCGCACCUGGAGGUCGUAUCCCUGCAAUCGCCGCGCCUGGAUAUGGAGAUCUUGCAGUGGACGAUUUCAUCAAUGUCAAGGACCCCAAACAAAACGGAAACCAUAUCAUCAAAGGCAAUGGCCAGGGCAACGAAGUUGAGGCUCUUGCCGCUGUUCUUCAGUACGCUGCUCAGAACAACAAGAUUGCAUACUUCCCAUUCGGCGACUAUCGUAUUGAGUCAACUCUGCGAAUUCCGCUCGGAUCCCGUAUUGUUGGUGAAGCCUGGUCCACUAUCUCGACAGCCGGAGACUUUUUCAAGAACGCGGAUGAACCCAAGCCGGUGAUCCAGGUCGGCGCCCCAGGCGAUGUAGGCACAAUUCACAUACAGGAUAUGCGGUUUACUGUCGCCGACGAACUGCCAGGUGCUGUCAUUGUUGAGUUUAAUGCCGCUGGAAACAAACCUGGUGAUGUAGCAAUGUGGAACUCGCUUAUCACUGUCGGCGGCACGAGGGGUGCGCAGGGUCUGACUGACAAGUGCAAAGAUGCUGCGAACCCAUGCCAAGGAGCCUAUCUUGGCAUGCGUUUCACUGAGAGCUCUUCUGCGUACGUCGAGAACGUGUGGGUCUGGGUGGCCGACCAUAUCACGGAGGAAUUCAGUGGUGGAUCCAGCAUCGCAGGCAAGGGCGGAGUGCUGGUUGAAUCGACUAAGGGUACAUGGCUACAUGCUGUGGGCGUCGAGCACUGGUGGCUGUACCAGCUCAAUCUACGCAACGCGUCCAACGUCGUGGUCAGUAUGCUCCAAACAGAGACAAAUUACGAACAAGGCGCCAAUGCACAGAAAUUGCUCCCAAGCCCGUGGACAGUCAACAAGAACGGUUGGGGAGACCCUGACUAUGCCUGGUGCGGCGAUAGCGAUGGCUUCUGCCGUAUGGGCUUGUCCAACUAUGUUAAUGGUGGCUCCAAUGUCUAUUACUAUGGCUCGGCCUCCUGGGCCUUCUUCAAUGGUCCCGGAUACCAGAGCUGCACAGACUCGAACAACUGCCAAGAAUUUAUUCAUUGGAUUGAGAAGACGCCAGAUAACUUGCAAAGCUUUGGCUGGUGUGCUAAAGACUCCAGGGUUGCCCUCCGUUUGGCCAACGCUGAGAACAUCAUGACCAGUCCGGAUUUCCAAGGGUCUUGGGGCAGUUCGGUUGUUCGUUACACCCCAUAG